AACGGGUACAUAAACACAUUCAAAUAAACGUAAAAGAGAAUAAACAGCAAAAUAUACUUUUUCAAAGAAAAAAAAAAUCAAAUUCAUUUGAUUGAGAUAUUUUAAAAACAAAAGAAAAAUAGAAAUGGCUAUGACGCAGGGAGAUAUGGACGAAGACUUUCUGACUUUUGAGUCUAAAGUGAAUCAGGUAAUGAAGCUCUUAGAGGAUAUGGCCAGCGCCAAUAAAUCAGACGCAGAAGGCGGUACCAAAAAGCCAGAUACUGCCGGUAAAGAAGAAAUCAAUGAGGAAAAUUUCAUUGUGAGCGUGCGUCAGGACCGCACAGUGCUCAACAGGAAGGCAGCAUAUGAGAAGGAUCAAAAUGAGCAAGGCGAUCCUCAGCAAAUGGACAAAUACACGUUCAUGCACCAAAUGGAGCAAGACGCCGCUGAACGCGCUAAGGUACGCCAAGAGCGCGAGCGUAUAGCUCAAAACUUUCGCAGGCUAGGCAAUGAAGCUUUCCGUAAGCAGAACUUUGAAAAGGCGAUACAAAUGUAUACGAAAGCCAUUGAACACGUCAAGGAUAGUCCAAUACUCUACAACAACCGGGCGCUCUGCUACCUCAAGCUAAGAAACUCCAAGCGCGCAAUAAUCGAUGCUGACUACGUUAUUAAUAAAUUGGAUGAGAAGAAUUUGCGAGCCUGGUUGUAUCGAGCUGCUGCCUAUUUGCGUUUGGGUGAUGAAAAAAAUUACGAGACUAGCAUUAAAUUCGCCAAGAAGAACAAUUCCAAGGAAAUCGACUAUAUAACUGCAUUUCAAGAAAAACUCAGAAUCGAUUUCUAAAGAUUUACAUCAGAAUUGGGCAACUAAUAUGGAACAACCCGGAUUUAUAACCGGCCAACGACUCUCACUCCAGCAGCAUUCGCCGUACAUGUAUGGGGAAUAUUUAUGCAGUUACUACAAUAACAACUACGACAACACCUAAUAUUUUUAAGAAAAUUAAAAUUUAUCUUUCUAUAUUUACACAAAUAACCGGAAUUUACUCAAAAUUAAA